AUAGUUUCCUUUAUCAUUUAUUGCUGCAUUUUAUUUUAUUUUCUUCAUUAUAUUCUAUUUUAUUUUUUAGCCCUUUUACCUUUAUUGUAUAAGCUGGAUCUCAAUUUCACAAACAUAAUUUUUGGGCGAAUCAAACCGUGGAGUGUCAAAUGCUGAAUGCGCAUUGGCAUGUUUUUGAUACAAAAGAUGGUUUUUUCCUCUAAAUUGUUUGUAUGAAAGGUUAUUGAUUGAGCAGAGGGUACCUGCUUUGCUUCACAAGAGUGAGCUUAUGUAUGUAGUGCAGCCACUGGGUUGUGGAUUAUGGUUUUCAGUUGUUGAAUUGUGUUAUUUUUUGAUAAUUGAAACCAUCAGAUUUCUUUUUUCUUUUUGAAUUGUAGGGUGUAAUGGCUUCUGAGAGGGAAUAUUUUGAUCGCUCUGGACCCUUACACUUAACAUGUGUUGACUGGGAUAAUGCACAUCAUAGAAAGUCAGUUGCUGCUAGUUUGGUCCAAGGUGUUUAUGUUUUAGAGAAGGACAGACAAGAACGACGACAAGGUCCCGAUGCUCUUGCACUGCCUUGGUGGACGUUCUUCCAAUUUCAGUUGCUUCGAACACUUGUUGACGAUGUUGAUUCUUCCAUCUUUGGUGCAAUUUAUGAGUUCAAGCCUCCAACUUCUAUAUGCAAUGACACUUUACACAGAAGUCCAUGUUAUGUAAUUGCAUUUCGAGGGACUAUAACCAAAGCAGACUCAGUCUCCCGUGACAUUGAGUUGGAUAUCCACUUCGUGAGAAAUGGGCUUCAUCAGACAUCACGCUUUGAGAUAGCUAUCCAAGCUGUUCGAAACAUGGUGGCUACUGUGGGUGGUUCAAAUAUCUGGUUAGCUGGCCACUCUCUAGGAUCAGCAAUGGCAAUGCUCAUUGGGAAAACCAUGGCCAAGACAGGCGUAUUUAUUCAGUCUCUUCUGUUCAACCCUCCAUAUGCAUCUGCUCCAAUUGAGAGAAUUAAGGAUAAGAAAUUGAAACACGGGCUUCGAUUUGCUGGCAGUGUAGUAACAGCAGGAAUUGCCAUUGCUAUGAAGGCUAAGCAGAAGAAGAGUUUGUCCUUUGAUCCGUUUGCUGCUUUGUCUGCCUGGGUUCCAUGCUUAUUUGUGAAUCCAUCUGACCCUAUCUGCUGUGAGUAUAUAGGAUACUUUGAGCACAGAACAAAAAUGGAGGAGAUUGGUGCAGGAAGCAUUGAAAAGUUAGCCACCCAAACCUCCCUUGGUUGUCUACUGAUGGGUGCUUUGGGGAAGGAAUCUGAUGAACCUCUUCACCUCAUUCCUUCUGCAUCUCUAACGGUUAAUCAUACUCCUUCACGAGAUUUCAGAGAAGCUCAUGGGAUUCACCAAUGGUGGAAACCCGACUUACGCCUGGAAUCCAAGCUCUACCAAUACUAAUCAUUCUUGUAGUUGUAAUACACUGCUUGGUAGAUGUGAAUUGAGUUAUGCUGUCUCUGGUUUUCCAUGUGCAGUCGAUUUUUUAAAGUGUGGAAUCCUAGCUCUACUGCCAAAUCUAAAAAUUCUUGCGAUUGUUGUGAUAUAUUGGUGGGUUUCUCUGUGAAAGCUUGGAAUCCAAACUCUACAAUACUAUUAAUUCUUAUGGUGGUUGUAAAUAUAUUGGUAUAUCUAUUGAGCUAUGCUUUCUUUGUUUGUUAUGUUAUUAACGGAGAUUGGUUCAAAACA